AUUUUUUUGCACUCCGAGUGAUUUCCAGUGGAUUGUGAUUUUUAGUGCGUGAAAAAUAUAGUGAGGUGGGGAAUAUAAAAUACCGGGAACCGUGGCGAUGUAACCCAAAAACCGACAAAAGGAAUCACUUUGACAUUUUCUCCUAACACAAGAUGGCGAAGACUGAGAAGCAUUCGGCGCCGCCGCUAGAACCGCGCCGCGUUCCUGCGGACAACUACAGCUCCAAAAUAGAAUUGGCAUACAAUGGGUCACGAGAAGACUUGGAUCCCUACGUACCCGCAGACCACAGACCUAUGGCCUCUAACACAUCGACCGUUGGUGCGCUGGCGCACCUCCUAAAGGCUUCUCUGGGCUCCGGCGUGCUGGCGAUGCCUCUGGCGUUCAAGAACGCCGGGCUGCUCGUCGGCUCCAUCGGAAUGGCGUUCAUCGGCUUCAUAUGCGCACAUGCCAUACACAUACUUGUGAGGACAUCGCAGCAACUAUGCGUGGAGCUCAAGAGGCCGGCCCUCGGGUACGCAGACACGUGUGACCUGGUCUUCCAGAUGGGACCUAAGCCCGUACGGAGGUUCUCCUCGUUUGCCAGAGAGUUAGCUGACUGGGCUCUAGCCGUAACUCACAUAGGCGCAUGCUGUGUCUAUGUUGUGGUAGUGGCAGAAUCCUUCAAACAGGUAUCAGACGAAUACGGGGGGCCCUCCUGGUCAGUCACCGUCUACUGCGCGCUGACUUUGGUGGUACUGGUACCACUCACCCAAAUCAACAAGUUGAAGUACCUCGUGCCGUUCUCCGCUCUCGCCAACUUCGUUUGGGCCGCGGCCAUCGGCAUAUCUGUCUACUACUGCUUGAGAGACCCUCCCGACCUAUCGGAGAGGAAAUUGGCUGCCCCUGUAACGGGGAUACCUAAUUUUAUAAGCACGAGCUUGUUUGCAAUGGAAGGCAUUGGCGUGGUGAUGCCGGUGGAAAACGAGAUGGUGAAACCGACACAGUUCCUGGGCUGUCCUGGGGUGCUGAACAUCGCCAUGGUGACGGUGUCCAUACUGUAUGGAUGUGUGGGGUUCGCCGGCUAUGUGCAGUACGGGGAUGACGUGCGUGGAAGCCUCACACUGAACUUGCCUCAAGAUGAAAUCCUGGCUCAGUCGGCGAAGAUCCUGGUGGCGUGCGUGAUGCUUCUGACGUUCGCGCUGAUCUUCUACGUGCCCGUAGACGUGGUGUGGCGACGCGUGGAGCCCAAGGUGCCUGCGCGCGCGCACCGGUGGGCGAUCGCUGGGAUCCGCUUCCUUGGAACCUUAUUCAUAGUUGGACUAGCCAGCGCAGUUCCGCGCCUCGAGCUGUUCAUGGAGCUGGUGGGAGCCGUAUGCCUGUCCUUCAUGGGGCUGAUGCUGCCGGCCAUCUCGGAGACCAUCUGGCGGUGGGGCAAAGACCUGGGUUGCUGCUACUGGGUCGUCGUGAAGAACGCCAUCAUUGUGCUGCUAGCAACAGUAGCCAUGGUGUCCGGAGUGGCUGCCUCCAUCGCCAGCAUUCUGGAGAAAUUGUGAUAUUUGAUUUAGUUAAGAUUAAAUGUAAUAUGACUCUUG